GCUCCCUCUUCCGCGUCGGGCCCUCCGGCCUCGUCCCCUGCGCCGCCACCGACGCGUCGUCUCAAGAUGAUAAGCCGCGAGGCGGGGGCGGCGCCGAUGACCAGGCACAGGACGAGACCAGGGACAAUAGGUCCCUGGUUGACAAUAAUACAGCGCAGACGCUGUCGAGCGAGGACAUAGAGGCGAUGAAGCGAGAGGGUGCGAGCGGCGAUGCGAUUGUGGAGGCUUUGAUAGCGAAUAGCUCCACAUUUGGAAAUAAGACAGUUUUCUCACAGGAGAAAUACAAACUGAAGAAACAAAAGAAAUAUGCACCGAAAGUGCUUUUGCGACGCCCCUCUUCCAGAAGCAUUUGUGAGACAUAUUUCAAGAAGUACCCAGCUCGAAUAGGGUUUAUGCGAGUUGAUGCGCUCUCCCUCUUGUUGUCUAUGGCAAAUGUUGGUGCAUAUUCAGAUGUGCUUGCCGUUGAUAUGGUGGGGGGUUUAGUUGUUGGAGCUGUAGCUGAACGCUUAGGAGGUACAGGAUAUGUUUGUAGCACAUAUCUUGGAUCAGCGCCCAGCUCCAUAGAUAUAAUAAGAAUGUAUAAUUUGAGCAGCGACAUGACCAGCAGGAUUUUCCAGGCACCACUUGGUGACCUCUGCUCCUUGCAAAGUGCUGGUGAUGCUCCUUCUGUUCUCAGUGGUAGCAUUCAACGCGAUGUAGUUGAACCUGCUGCUGUACCAGAUGAGAGUCUUCAGUCAUCCCCGGCAAAACCAAUUAAUACAGAAGUAUCAGAUGGGAAUGCGCAGUCAAUGACAGUGCAGCCAAUUAAUAUGGAGGUCCCUGAGCCUGCAACGGACCACCUUAAUCAAGAUUGCAAAGGAAGUAAUGGUAAUUCAAUAGCUCCCAAAGCGCCGAGAGCAGGAAAGGCACCCUCACCAGAGAGGAUGAAAUAUUGGGGAGAACAUGGGUUUAGCAGUUUGAUUGUUGCUGCUCCUGACCAUGAGGUAGAAAGUGUGGUUACCGAUUUGCUUCCACUCCUGUCCUAUUCGGCCCCAUUUGCUAUCUAUCAUCAAUAUCUUCAGCCUCUUGCGACAUGCAUGCAUAGUUUGCAGGUAUCGAAAAUGGCAAUUGCAUUACAGAUUACUGAACCCUGGCUCCGAGAGUAUCAGGUCCUUCCAUCACGGACCCAUCCACACAUGCAGAUGAAUGCGUUUGGUGGUUAUAUCUUGAGCGGCAUCCGGAUACACAAGCCUGACCCCUAGUUUCAGUGAUACGGUUUGGUCGCACCUUGGGUCAAAGAAAAAUGAUGAUCUAAACCUGAAAACAAGUAUGCCAUCCUUCCCUCCACUGUGGGAAGGACAUGUAAUUGUAACAUAUUCCAGCAUUAAUUUCCUGGUGUUGUAACUGUGCUCGAGUCACAUCCCAGUUUGUUCUAUUGAAUUUUCUACAAGCAGUGGAACAUUGUAUUACAACGAGGACACAGAAUAGGAUGAUAUGCGGCCAUUGGAGGAGCAUCCGGGCGGUCGACUGAUGCGGGGAGGAGGGGGGAAGCUGCCGGAUCUUGCUUGCUUCCUGCAAGGCAGGUGACGUUGGUGUAUAUGCACAUGCACAUUUUAUAUUUUUCCUCUGCAAGUCAAGAGGGAAAAUGUUCCUCAAAAUUGAAAGCAAAUAUUUGUUUUCUUCUUGCAUUGAAUUGUACAUUUGAAAGCCAAAGGCAGUGCACCGAUAAUGUUUUGAUUAUUGCAAUGCACUAACAUGGAUUUGAACAUUCAAUAUUGGAAAAAGAACGCAUGCCACAUGGAUUUGUCGUUGAA